AUGCUGUCCGCGGCGUUUAGACUCAAGUACCCGGGGCUCAGUGUGGGUGCGAUAGCGGCGAGUGCGCCAGUAUUAGGGGUGGAGGGUCUGGCCAAAAGUUGCGACGCCUACUCAAAGCUGGAGACCAAAGAUUUCACAGAAUAUUCUCCAAACUGUUCGCAAACUGUUAGAAAUUCAUGGGAAGCCCUCUUCCGUAUAGCCGGCACAGCCGACGGACGAAAGUGGUUGACCAACGAAUUUAAACUAUGCAAAGAGUUGGCCGCCGGCGAGGAGAUCCGGAUAUUUCAGUGGCUGAUGGUGGCCUGGUCUCACGUGGCCAUGGUUGAUUACUCAAACGAGGCCAAUUUAUUCUCCGAAUUACCCGCGUAUCCAUUGCGCGAAAUGUGCAAACAUAUGACAAAUCCGGGCGCCGAUGACCGGGGGCUGCUUAGCCAGGUGUAUGAGGCGGCCAACGUGUUUUAUAACUAUAAGGGUCUAUCAAAAUGCAACGAUUUAAACCCAAAUGGACCCGUCGACCCCACUGCCUGGGGCUUUCAGUCUUGCACCGAUAUAGUGAUGCCUUUCUGCACCAAUGGCAAGACUGAUAUGAUUGAACCGUUCGGCUAUGACUUUAAGGCAUACUCCGACCAAUGCUUUAGUCAGUAUGGCGUCCGUCCGGACCCGAGAAAAGCUAUGAUGUUAUGGGAAAAGCAGUCCCUCCGGAGGGCAACAAAUUUGAUAUUUAGUAACGGUUUGCGAGACCCUCACAGUAGUAACGGAGUAUUGGACUCAUUGUCCGAUUCGGUGAUAGCGUUGAAGAUCAGUCACGGCUGUCAUCACGAAGACCUCCGGCCCGCAGGCGUUAACGACACACAAGAGCUCAUUAAUGUCCGCAAUCAAGAGAAACAAUAUAUGAAACAAUGGAUUGAAGAGCACUACACAACAUUGAAUUACUUUCCUAAUGAAUGGCUUAACUAA